UAGCAGCAUCACUAUCACCACAUCAAGCACCACACUAGGUCUGCUGCCUCCUCUCCUGCACUACAGUAUCACACUGGCGAGAGGGAGAGAAAGGGGAUGAGAGAUAGAGAUAGAGGGAGAGAGCGAGAGCGAGAGAGAGACAGAGUGUAUGAGAGAGAGAGCGUGUGAGGGUAAAAGAAGGAGGUAGACAUCGGAGGAGAGAAAGAGAGAGGUGUGAGGAAGACAGAGAGAGAGAGAGACAGUCGAGGGGAAGCGUAGGGAGGACGAAGAGAGCAAAAAUAAAGGAAGGAAAAGGAGAGAAGGGGGCUAAAGGAAGACAGGAUGGCAGAGCCAGAGCUGAAAUCACAGAGCAGCCUGGAGAGCUUGAAGAAGGCAGCCGAGGGCCAGGAGAAGAUGGAGGCUGAGGCGGUUCCCGACAACCCAGACAAGCCUCCUUCACCGGCCAAGCAUCCAUCCAAGCCUCCGUCCCAAUCCACCAUUACCGACACCGUGGCAGCCACCACCCCUACUGCAGAUGCCUCCUCCCCAGCCAAGGCAGCAGGCGGCAAGAUCGAGCUGAAGCGCAGCAUCACGCUCUUCAAUGGCGUGGGCAUGAUCAUCGGCACCAUCAUCGGCUCGGGCAUCUUCAUCACGCCCACAGGGGUGGUAAAGGAGGCUGGCUCGGCCGGUCUGUCGCUGGUGGUGUGGGCCGUGUGCGGUGUGGUGUCCACCAUGGGCGCCCUGUGCUACGCCGAGCUGGGCACCACCAUCACCAAGUCGGGUGGAGACUACACCUACAUCCUGGAGGUGUACGGCGAGCUGGCCGCCUUCCUCAAGCUGUGGGUGGAGAUGCUGAUCAUCAGGCCGUCCUCCCAGUACGUGGUGUCACUGGUGUUUGCCACCUACCUGCUCAAGCCCCUCUACCCAAACUGCAGUGUGCCCGACAGCGCCGCCAAGCUCAUCGCUUGCCUCUGCCUCACAUCAUUGACCUUUGUGAACUGCAUCAGCGUGCGGGCUGCCACCAAGGUCCAGGACUUGUUCACUGCGUCAAAGCUCCUGGCCCUGAUCAUAAUCAUCGUUUUCGGUUUCAUUCAGAUCGGUACAGGUGAUGUGCCAUACCUGACACCAGAACUGGCGUUUGAAGGCAGCAAAUGGGGAGUCGACAACAUUGUGUUGGCUCUAUACAGUGGACUCUUUGCUUUUGGUGGCUGGAAUUACCUGAAUUACGUGACAGAGGAAAUGAUCAAUCCAGAGAGAAACCUGCCACUGUCCAUCAUUAUCUCCAUGCCCAUUGUGACUGUGGUGUACGUACUGACCAAUCUGGCCUACUUCACCACUAUCCCCCCGAGUGUGAUGGUCGAGUCCGAGGCAGUAGCUGUGAUCUUUGGGGAGUACCAUCUUGGUGUGAUGUCCUGGCUCAUCCCUGUCUUUGUGGGGCUGUCCUGCUUCGGAGCGGUCAACGGAAGCCUGUUCACCUCGGCACGGCUGUUUUAUGCUGGCGCUCGAGAGGGUCAGCUCCCUGCUGCACUGGGAUUGGUCCACACUGACCUCUUCACUCCAGUGCCCUCCCUCAUUUUCACGUGUUUCCUGUCCAUGCUGUAUGCCUUGUCCAAGGACAUCUUCUCGGUCAUCAACCUGUUCAGCUUCUUCACCUGGCUGUGUGUGGGCAUGGCCAUUGCCGGCUUGCUGUGGCUCCGCUGGACCAAGCCAGAGCUCAGGAGACCCAUCAAGAUUUGGUUGGUGGUCCCUGUGGUGUUUGUGCUGGGCUGUGUCUUUAUGAUCGUGGUGUCCUUCUGGGCAGCUCCCUUUGAGUGCCUGAUAGGCAGUGGGAUCAUCCUCACUGGUAUCCCCGCCUAUCUCCUGGGGUACAAGUGGAAGAAGCCCCACGUUGUAAAGAAAAUCCUAGAGAUCUUUACUCUGUUCUGCCAGAAGAUUUUUAUGUCUGUUCCAGAAGAGCGGGAAGAGAAGGAAUCCGUCAAAGUAGCUGAAGAAGUCGAAACAACAAAGGACGACUGAGUCAAUCUAUUAGUUGGAACAUUACAUGUUUACACUCAUUAUUGCUUUUGUGACAGAGUUCCAUGACUCUUGAUAAAGUAGGGUUUAUACAUAUAGGGUUGAUAUGUAUGCUUCAGUGUACAUAUUUUGUAUUUGACAUGCAUUUUCAUACUGUAUCAUCCCUUUGUACUCUCUCCAGUAAUUCAAUUCCAGUUAUUCUACUUUCCAGUCGUAUAGAGUACUUCAAACAUCCUCAAAUUUUAUCUUACCUAACCUAACCUUACCUUUUAUUUUUUUACCUAUUUUGUUCUUCAGUAUUCAAUAGACCUGAAUUAAGCUAACAAAAAGAGGAGUCAGGAAACAGACAAAAUAGUCAUAUUUUCAUCAAGUUUGGUAUGCUCCUCAGACAAUCAUCCAAAUCUAGAUAACUACACUACCGGUCAAAAGUUUUACAACACCUACUCAUUCAAGGGAUUUUCUUUGUUUUGACUAUUUUCUACAUUGUAGAAUAAGAGUGAAGACAUCAAAACUAUGAAAUAACAUGGAAUCCCAUAGUAACCAAAAAAGUGUUAAACAAAUCAAAAUAUAUUUUAUAUUUGAGAUUCUUCAAAUAGCCACCCUUUGCAAUGAUAAAAGCUUUGCAAAACACUUGGCAUUCUCUCAACUAGCUUUCCCAACAGUCUUGAAGGAGUUCCCACAUAUGCUGAGCACUUGUUGGCUUCUUUUCCUUCACUCUGCGGUCCAACUCAUCCCAAACCAUCUCAAUUUGGUUGAAGUCGGGGGAUUGUGAAGUUCAGGUCAUCUGAUGCAGCACUCCAUCACUCUCCUUCUUGGUAAAAUAGCCAUUAAACAACCUGGAGGUGUGUUGGGUAAUUGUCCUGUUGAAAAACAAAUGAUAGUCCCACUAAGCCCAAACCAGAUGGGAUGGCGUAUCGUUGCAGAAUGCUGUGGCAGCCAUGCUGGUUUAGUGUGAAUUCUAAAUAAAUCACAGACAGUGUCACGAGCAAAGCACCCCCACACCAUAACACCUCCUCCUCCAUGCUUUAUGGUGGGAAAUACACAUGCAGGGAUCAUCUCAAAAAUCAUCUCAAUCUCAAAAAUAACAAAACUAUUUCAUAGUUUUGAUGUCUUCAGUAUUAAAAUACAAUGUAGAAAAUAGUAAAAAAAAAUAAGAAUAACCCUUGAAUGAGUAUGUGUUCUAAAACUUUUGUAGUAGUGUAUGUAUUUAACUGUUGAUUUAUAUUAUUUAUUAACCCCACUUUAACUGAAGGUAUGUAUUUAACUCAGUGUAUUUGAAUGAACUAUCUAGUGCUCACUUAAUGUGAUUGAACAAUGGCCAUCCAUCUAUGAGAAACACAUCAAUUGAUUCAGGUAACUCAUACAGCACAUUCUGUCCCUUGAUUUUGUUGGAGUGUAAUGUCCUUUAUGUAAUGUUAACAUGAUUUAUUUGUGCACUGUAUUGCUACAACCAGUUUAAAAUUCGAUGUUUGGAACACAUAGUAAUUUCCCAUACUCAAAUUCACUUUGAAACAUUUUCAAGUUGAAUCGACAGAGCACUAUUUGAAGCACAUUAGUGGAUUUCUUCCGUGUUGUAUUCUGAUGUGUUGCCUUAAGGUUAUUGUUACACAGGUCAGUUGCUUGUAUUGAUACUCAAUGCCCUGUUACUUCUCAGUUCCUACGUCAAACCAUGCCUUCGUGAUAUUGUUGUAAGCAUUGUUUUAUGUUAUUCGAUACAAGCAGUUGUGAAUAUGGCAUCAAGCCAGUCAACCAACUUCUUGUGUCUCAACUUUCUACCAUACAUUUUUAACCAUUGUAUUCGGUGGAGACAUUUGUAUCAAUGUUUUGUAUUGUUUGUACUCAUCAGAUACCAUGCCAGAUGUCUGAUGUCCACAUUGAGCUAGCAUGACUAUUUCGCUACUGAUGUAUAUCUUUGUCAUGUCAGUCCAGAAUUAAUGUUGUGAGCAUCGUAAGUGGAUAUUGGAGGGUCUUUUCUCUUUUGAAGGAGCGAUUGCUGUAAGCGCAGAUCUAAGACCAGCUGUCCCUACCACAGUCCAAACCUUGUCUCACCCCAAGCCAGACCAGUUCAAGCCAAAAGACAAAAAAAAGAAAGAAAAAUACCUAAAUGAAAUUCUGGAGGGCCUUCAGUACAAAAUAUUAGCACAAACAUGUACAUGUUACUGAAUUGUGGACACGGUGAAGUAUAGAAUGUUAACUGCUCCUAUUAUUAUAAAAUAUCAUUUCCCCCCAUUUGAUUAUUGAGUGGCUUGGAAAGUAGGCGCAAUAGGUCAAGAGCACAGUAAGUCACUGGAGUUACAGAAAGUACAAACUGUGAAGAAGCUCGACAGGCACAGAGGGAAAUAGAGUUGACAGGAAAAUAAUUAACGAAUCGGACCAGGAAGAGUUUACAGAAAGAGUAAAUAAUGAAGUAUAAGGAAUAGGGAAGUUUAAAUAGAUUACUAAUAUAUCUGUGUCUUGUCAGAGUAUAUUCAUGAUUGGCGGCAUGAGGGAGAAACUCUUGGGGCACCUUCCAAAAUUUUGUGGCCUAAAAUGUAUCGCACAACACAGUUCAGGUGUGUACAAAGUCUUGCGUAUUAUGUACUAUAAAGUCUUUAAUUGUAUUUAAUGUUAUGGUAAAAUACUUAUUUGUUAUUUGAAUUGGAAGAAACAAUUGUAUCGCUGUCAGCUAUUGUAACUUAUAUGUCAGUGACCAUAGCGGGUACAUCUACCAUUAAACUAUUUUUGUUCAAAUGG